UAUUUGGUAGUCGCUCACUUCCUCUUUACGGAGCGGGGAAAUUUAACAGGAUAGCUUGCUAACUAGACAAGGUAGUAAAUCAACUAGAGCGCGGAAAUAAUAUUUUUAGGUUACCAUAAAACCAAUGAUUUGACGAGAUGGACCGGUACGUGCUGGUUGUGUCUUUUAACCAAGAGGACAAUAAAUGCUCGGAUGGUUUUAGACCUUUGGACGUUGCCAAGCAGAUAUAUAAUAAACUUGGUGACAUCUCAAGUCGUCAUUCAAAAAGGAAGGUUUCUCCUAUUCCAGCAUGCUCUCUCAGUGGAGUUCCAGCAUGUCAGAAGUGGUACUUUGGCAUCCAGGUAUGCCAAGGAACAUCUCAGUACUGCAGUGUGGAGUGGGAAGAGCUUGGGGCAGGACUGCAGAAGAGCGACAGCGAGGAGGAGAGUCCCUCUGCCUUGGAGGCGUGUCUAAGUGCCUUAGCAGACCAGGAGGAGCCGAGCAACCAGGCGGACAUGCCACCUCUGACAGAGCUGUAUGAAGAAGCCGCAGAGGGACUACACCUGCUAUCCGACAAACUUCCACCUCCAGGCAAGGCCCUGCUGGAUGUGAUCCUUCUCCAGGUGGAUAAGGAGCCUCCUGGCCUGAGAGACGUCCUCCCCGUGAUGGGCGCUCUCAAACAAAUGCAGGCCUGGCACUCUGGCAAGGUGACCAUAGUGACAGAACACACUGUCGGUUGGCAGAAAUCAGCUUCAUACCUGUCUGCCAGCCUAAUGGAUCCCAGUGCUGUAGAGACCUGCAUUGACGAGAAUGAGCUUUGGAGAGGAGGGCUUCUCAUCAGAGAGAAGAAGGGUGUCGCAGAGCUAAGGUUCCAGGGCUUCUCUCUGAGAUGUGGAAACGGACAGGCCUGGAGCAGCCUUAUGACCUCUGACCUUGAAGCCCAGAACAACACCGACCUCAAACUCCACCCAGAGGUGUACCAGUACUACCGGCCUGUCCUAGACCUGGUCCAGAUGGUGACCUUGUCUGACCUCCCCAGCUUCUUGCGUUCCAGCACUGAGUUUGAACUGCGACUUUCCAGCAAAUCGGUCAAAGCUAAACUGCUUCUGGACCAGCUCAGACCCUUAUGUGGAAAGGUGGGGGCGCUGUUCUCUCUGUCCUGUGUGGUCAGCAGCAUGGUCCAGCCUCCAGCCAGCCAGCUCAGCUCUCUGAGGUGGAAGGAGUUUGUGGCCCAGGGUCCUAAGACUCUGCCUGUUCCUGACGUCGAGGUGAAGGGGGAGACCGCUCACUACUUCCUGUUGGUUCAGGGGUCAGAGGCCGGGGCCUGCAGGGCCCGCAUGAUACAUUCGGCCAAUCAGAUCAAUGGAGCUGCUGCCAUGGCGACAAUCCAUGGCCUAUUGAGAGAGAAGUCUCUGUCGUCUUCAGCAGGUGAGGUUGCUGACUGGCUCCGCCCCCUGCCGCGGCUGACCGGAGACCAGCUGCUUGAGAGGGAGAGGAGCGUGAUGAAAAUGCAGACGCUUGUCCUGAAGGAAUGCCUGCGCCGCAGGUUGGCUGGCUCCCAGACUCCCGGCACCGUGCCUGUCAACGACCUGAGGGCUCUGCUGAGCCUGGCCCGAGAGCAGUACCUGCAGAUCCACCAGCCCGGGCCGCCCUCCGCUGCCCCCUGUCUGCCGGAGGAGCAGCAGAAUCAAGCUAACCCCUCCACCACAGCCACCAAGACUUCCGAGUCGAGGCAGCGCUCCAAGACAUCCGAUUGGCCAGAGAGGAGCGUUCUGAAGAACCUUGAGAACCUGCAGAGUCGGCGCCAAAAGAGAAGAUUUGGUCUGCUGUCGGGGCCUGGCUCCUCCGACAGUCUGCUGGGUCCUAAAGACAGCCCCAGGGUCGCCUCAGCCACGCUGGACGCCAGGGAGCUGCUCCGACACUUCACCCCCGACGGCCUGCCCACAGGAGAACUGCAGCCUCUACAACUCCUCAGAGGACAGGGGGGAAAUGCCUUCCAGCUGUCUCCUGACUUGACCCCACGGAAGGUGACCCAGCUAUCAUUCAGCAAGGCAGCCAGCUCCCACUACCACGGCAUAGAGUUCUGUCUGGACAAACACAAGGCACUGGAACGCGACUGGCUCAUGGUCAAGCUACAGUCGCGCCUGAUUCGCUACGAGACCCAGACCACCUGCACCAGGGAGCCCUGCCCGCUCGCCUUCGCCCUCAGCCCCGCCCCCUCGCCUGCCGUGCUGUCAGAGCCAGGCAGCGUCCCGGAUGGGGAGUCGCUGCUGCUGCAGAACGCAGACGUGUCCCGCCUCAAGCGCCGGUCCUGGGACACAGACCCUGCUGGUUACCCGCGCAAAAGGCUGGUCAAGUCGGAGAGCAGCGAGUGUCUGGGCUCUCAGGGAAGCAGCAGCAACACACACCGCGCCGUCCGGGCUCUGAGGCAGCAGCCAAUCAGGACCCAGUCCUCCUCCUCGUCCUCUUCCUCUCCUGCUUCGAGACGGGCCCCCCUCCCCGACCCUCCCCCGGGGCCCCCAUGCCCCCGCCAGGCCCGCCAGCCUCCCCAGGGAGGAGCGGGGGACCAGACCAGCAAGGAGUCCCGCUCUCAGAAACACAUCAGGAUGCUGAGAGAGGUUGUGGCGAAGACACUGAACCAGCACGGGAUCACAGGCCAGCACGAGCACUUCAGCGCCUGCAGUCAGAGGCUGUUUGAAAUCUCAAAAUUCUAUCUGAAGGAUCUGAAAACCUCCCGAGGUCUCCACGAAGAAAUGAAAAAAGCUGCGUGCAGCAAUGCCAAACAGGUAAUUGACUGGGUUGUGGAGAAGGCCUCAAAGAAGUGAGAGAAGGGAAGCAGUCUGACAGUUUUUCAACAUGUUUUCACACCGAGAACAUCGACUGAAACUUCUCGUCUCCACGGAAACACCUGCCAAGUCAGUUGAGAUGCGAAACAUAUUUGCAUUUCUUUUAAAGAACCUCUGUUUUAGGAUCUUUUAGAACGAUGACGCUAAUUAGCCGUCACAUUUUAAAGUUGGUUAUUCUCAAGGUAUUUUAAUUAUUUAUUAUUUUAUUUUUUUACAUUUUCCAUUUAAUUAUGUUGUGCAUGUCUUUUUAUCCAAUGUGUUUUAAACCACUGUGUUGUUCUGAAAACCUGUAUUUAUUUCUGCUAUUCACAUGACAUUCGUUUAUUUGUGGUCAUUUGUAACUAAAUAAAAUGUGGUAAUAACCUUA